UGUCUGUUGGAAUUUAUGGCAUCUAAAGCUGCAAACUGAGAAAACCUCUUUGUAAUGCCUCAAUUUUGAUUCCUUUCACUGACAACCACAAAAAGAAAACAUCAACUGAAUUCAAGACAUCACAACUCUAAUAAGCACAGCUGCCUUCCUGUCUGAAUUAUAAAAAGAAGCUGCAUGUCUAUUUUCAUUUCUGCGAGGGAGGUGGAUGUUAUGGACGUCUUUGUGACGUUGGCGGAACAGAAGGGGAGCUGACUCACUUCGUUCUGGCAAUUAUUUCCCUCAUAUGGACUCAGUGCCGGCCGUGUGGAUGACCGAGGAGGGUGGUGGCACUGUUUAUGCAAGAGUUGGAGAAAAUGAAAGAUCUGCUUGAGCUUCUUGUAAUCAAACGGUCGACGGUCUCCACUGGCACAAACCUUCGUUUUGUGUUUUAGAGGACAUUUUUGGAUGCACAGAAAGCAGUAAUCGAAGACUUUGCCAUGAAUAAAAACAAGAGAGACAGGGAGUUCUACAGUGUAGAUGUCGGGGAUUCAACGUUUACAGUACUGAAGCGAUACCAGAAUCUAAGACCCAUCGGCUCAGGAGCACAAGGAAUCGUCUGCUCUGCUUAUGACCAAAUCCUUGAACGAAAUGUUGCCAUCAAGAAGCUGAGUCGACCCUUUCAAAAUCAAACCCAUGCUAAGAGGGCGUACAGAGAGCUAGUCCUAAUGAAAUGUGUCAAUCACAAAAAUAUCAUUGGCCUAUUAAAUGUAUUCACACCACAAAAAUCGCUAGAAGAUUUCCAAGAUGUAUACUUGGUAAUGGAGCUGAUGGAUGCCAACCUGUGUCAAGUGAUUCAAAUGGAGCUGGACCAUGAGAGGCUGUCGUACCUGCUCUAUCAGAUGUUGUGUGGCAUCAAACACCUCCACGGUGCCGGGAUCAUACACAGGGAUCUGAAGCCCAGCAAUAUAGUUGUCAAGUCUGAUUGCACGCUGAAGAUUUUGGACUUUGGCUUGGCUCGGACGGCAGCCACAGGCCUCCUGAUGACGCCAUAUGUGGUUACACGCUACUACAGAGCACCAGAAGUUAUCCUGGGCAUGGGCUACCAGGCCAACGUGGACAUAUGGUCUGUGGGCUGCAUUCUGGCAGAAAUGGUUCGCCAUAAAAUCCUUUUCCCUGGAAGGGACUAUAUCGACCAGUGGAACAAGGUGAUUGAGCAGCUAGGCACUCCAUCUCAGGAUUUUCUAAUGAAACUGAACCACUCAGUGAGAACGUAUGUAGAAAACAGACCGCGGUACGCCGGAUACAGUUUUGAGAAGCUCUUCCCAGAUGUGCUCUUCCCUGCUGACUCUGAUCACAACAAACUGAAAGCAAGCCAAGCCAGAGACCUGUUAUCCAAGAUGCUGGUGAUUGAUGCGUCAAAGCGCAUCUCUGUGGAUGAAGCCCUGCACCACCCAUAUAUUAAUGUUUGGUACGAUCCCGCUGAAGUGGAAGCGCCGCCUCCAAAGAUCCCAGACAGGACACUGGAUGAAAGAGAGCACACUGUGGAGGAGUGGAAAGAGCUAAUUUAUAAGGAAGUGAUCGAAUGGGAGGAACGAACAAAAAAUGGAGUUAUCAGAGGUCAACCCACUGCUUUAGGUGCAGCAGUGAUCGACAGUCCUCCUCAGCCCACGUCUUCCUCCUCUUCUUCCUCCUCCUCCUCAGCCAACGACGUCUCCUCCAUGUCCACAGAGCCGACCGAUCCCGGCAGUGAUCCCGCUUUGGGCUCGGAGACAGACAGCAGCUUGGACAGCCACACCUCCCUCAGUGCGCUGGCCUGCUGCAGAUAACUACACAAGCACACAUCUACUGUACAUGCUCAAAACAAACCUUUCCUCAUUAGCGUGUGUGUAUGUGUGACGGGAGAGUGUUUAGGUAAUUGUUAGUUUAUAGAGUUGAGGAUUUGAUGUACAGUUUAUUCUUUGUCUCCCCACCCCCAUCUCUCUACCUGACCUGUUCUGCUGUAAAUUAUUGUGGUUUGAAUAAGGUGAUAUCAUGAUUACUGUAUUUUUGCUGCAAGAGGCAAAAUGCGAAAAUGUUUUGAUGUGAAACUGUGAUGUAUGUAAUGGGAAGGAUAUGAGUGUACUUUAUCUCCUGCUUUUUUUUUUUUUUUUUUUACUUACUAUUGCAGUCAAAAACCAUAUUGUAUUGACUGCAAAAUCAUGUUGAGUAUAUAUUUUUUGCUUUUUUGUGAACUUUGGAAGGAACAUAUAUCAGUUCUCUCAGACAGUAGUUUAUAGCGCAUUUCAUCUUGAACUGUAAUGAUGCAAAUUAAUGAUUUUCAUUUUCAAGCUGUUACUAAGUUUUCUUGUAGAAAACAGAUCUUGGUGUGUCCAAGCUAAUAUAUUUCUUUUUACAAACCUG